GAUGCGUGAUACCAGGUUUCGAGUUUUGUCGGCUCGGCCCAUUUACUGUUUCCACGACCCAUCAUCUCAAAUGGGCUCGUUUCAUUUGGAGCGAAGAAAUCCACUGGUCUGGACGGCAAGUACACUGCAGUACCAAUUGACCGAAAGUUUCAAUUUUUGGCGCUUUCCCUAGAAACUGGAGGCAAACGAAGACAAGGGUCACCGAUUGGAGUGGAGAUUGUAGAGUAAAGAGACUAGUUUUGCGUUGUGGGGGUGUUUCGUUUUUCUCACAUGGAGUCCGAGUUUGGUUCACGGCUGGAUUUCGAGUUGGAAGACCCGCUCGUUUUCGCUCCUUCUUCUGCGGCUCCUGCCAAGAAAAGUAAGAAGGUCAUUGGCUUGGAUGAUCUGUUGAGUGACUUCUAUAAAGAGAAAGGGAAGCGCGUCGAGGGAGCGGCGAAACGGAAAAGGGUGCUAAAGCAUGAUUCCGAUGAGGAAGAUAACGCCAGAGAGGCAACUUUGUGCCAUACCCUUGAUGAGUACCAAAAACAGAUGAAGGAAAUGGGCAGCGAAGAUGAAAUAUCCCACUGGGGACUGCAAGUUUUUGGAGUUCAGAAAAGUCCGCCAGCUGUAGUUUUACCAGAGCUUGACAGCUGUGCUAAUUUCCAGGCUCUUGGUCAUAGCAAACUGAAUUCAUUGGUGGAAGUCAGUAAACAAGAAGAAUCCGAGUUUUUGGAAGGACUCCUGGUCAAUGGUUGGUUAUCCAAGCUGAUAACAUUAAGUGGUCAUCUUGAAAUGGCUCUUGCAAAGUGGACUUUCCAUUUAUUGAUGUUUGCAUCAGAAGAAAGAUUGAGAAUUUCGGCUUGCGAUCUCUGGUGUGACGUACUCUCAGGCAAAAAUGAGGGAACUUCUGCACCCAUCAAAAUAGACUGGCUCCCUACAUAUUCUGAACUGGAAAGGGCUCUUAGCAUAUAUGGAUUUGUGUUCUUCCCAUCUGACGCAGGAUCUGUUGAUGUGGAUUCCAAGCAUGCUGGACCAUCUUUGAAUAUUCGAGCUUGGAUCAAAUUUGUGGCUGCUUCUUGUCAAGCAAGGAGUAAAUGGCCUAUGUUUUCAACUUCAGAAGCCGAAGAAUUAACUGAAGUGUUGAUUUGUCUGUUUCUAGACCGCCGACUUGAAGGCCUUUCAAUGCUUUUGUAUGAAUGUUUGUUAUCAGUAACCAGUUACUUCACCCAUGAGGAAUGGAGCACCAGCUGCAAGAAAGUGGCGAAAUCUCUUGCUAGCAGGUUAUCUAUGGAUCUAAACUGCUUGCGUGCUGUGGAGUGCAUUUCUGGCGUUGAUGCUCGUAGCAAGUGCCUCAGAAGUGAAGUUGCCCAUCGGAUGCUUGUGAAUUUCCUUGAUAAUAAGGUUGCAGAUGAAGAAAUCCUGAAUUCGCUCAUAUCCAUUAAUGUGAAAGAGAAAGGUUGUGAUCUUUUCAGAAUGUACAUUUAUCUGGUUCUAGCAGAGAAUUGGCUCUUGUUCAACUCAACACUAGAAGAUGAAGCAGUAAUCAGGGAAAUGUGGGGUCUUUAUCUGCGGAACUGUUCUUGUCUAAUUGCCAGCACAGAUUUGAGAUCGUACGCGUCAAAGGUUCGAAACAGAGCCUUGUAUCUUCUUCAAGGUUCUGUCACCAGAUGAUAUCUAUGGAAGAAUCUGCACCAAUGUUCAGUGAACAGUCAUAGCUCUGUAUGUAUCAUCCAUGUUUAAAUAACCUCGGAUUCGCUAGAGUGGGAGGAGCGAGCUAGCACUCGAAAGGCGACCCAUUACUCUGGAGCCAGUGUAAUUGCCAGGGGGCUGUGGAUCUGGCCAACCCAUCUGUUAAGGUGCUUACUUACGCUUAAGAUACUAGGUUGGUCAUCUUCUGGAGACUCGAGUAGGCGGUUUCGAAAGAACUCAUUGUUUGCAGGAAGAACUCUGUUGAUUCUGUUUGCCCUUCUCUGUUCAUUGAUGGUUGAUUCCAAUGAUCCUCGCUCAUCCAAACCAGACUUUGUUCAGCAGGAUGUGUCUGACAGAUUCAGUUUGAGAGAUGACCAACUCAAUUACUCAUGCUAAGAAUUUGCAUAGUGAGCGAA